UUGUUCCACAGCUAGUCAAAUCCCUGAAGAACCUGAUUAUGUCUGGUUACUCUCCAGAGCAUGAUGUAUCUGGAAUUAGUGAUCCUUUUCUUCAGGUCCAGAUUUUAAGGUUGUUGAGAAUGUUGGGGAAAAGUGACGAUGAAGCCAGUGAACAAAUGAAUGAUAUUCUCGCUCAGGUUGCAACCAACACUGAAACCAGUAAAAAUGUAGGCAAUGCUAUUUUAUAUGAAACUGUUUUAACCGUGAUGGAUAUUAAGUCUGAGAGUGGAUUGAGGGUUCUAGCUGUAAAUAUUUUGGGUAGAUUUUUAUUAAACAAUGAUAAAAAUAUUCGGUACGUUGCACUGACGUCACUGUUGAAAAUGGUGCAGACAGACCACAAUGCAGUACAGAGACACAGGAGUACAAUCGUAGACUGCCUAACAGACCUUGAUGUCUCCAUUAAAAGGCGUGCAAUGGAUCUGUGCUUUGCCUUGGUUAAUGGCAGCAAUGUCCGAGGAAUGAUGAAAGAGCUGCUCUACUUCCUGGACCAUUGUGACCCAGAGUUUAAGGCAGACUGUGCUUCUGGAAUAUUUUUGGCAGCAGAAAAAUAUGCACCAAACAAGAGAUGGCAUAUUGACACUAUCAUGAGAGUGCUCACCACUGCUGGUGGUUAUGUCCGUGAUGAUUCUGUACCUCUGUUGAUUCAACUCAUCAGUAAUGCAAACUCCCUUCAUGCAUACAUUGUGCAGAAACUUUAUCAAGCCAUACGGGUGGAUAUUUCACAGCAACCCUUAGUGCAAGUGGCAGUUUGGUGCAUUGGAGAAUAUGGGGAUCUACUGUUAUCUGCCAACUUUGAGGAGGAAUCACCAGUUCAGGUUACAGAAGAUGAAGUAUUGGAUGUUUUAGAGAAGAUUCUGCAAUCCAGCCUCUCGGCACUUACGACACGGGAAUAUGCGCUGACUGCCAUUAUGAAGCUUAGCACGCGACUACAGAGCAGCACAAAUCGCAUCAGGAAAGCAGUUUCUAUCUAUGGAAGCAGUUUAGAUGUGGAACUUCAACAACGAGCAGUGGAGUACAGUGCACUCUUCAUGAGGUUUGACCAUAUGAGACCAGCUUUAUUGGAGCGAAUGCCUCUCAUACAGAAGAGUGCAGCCAAUGGACCAGUGCAAACUGUGGUUAAUGGUGAAGAAAAGGAGGAAGGGGGCAGCUUACCAGCCCAAGAGCAGCUAUCCCAACAGGCCCAGGUUAGCAACUUGCUUGAUCUGCUCGACGUCAGUAACCCACCUUCAUCAGUGCCUCAAGAAAGCAAAGUACCUCAAGCAGGUGGAGAGUUACUAGACCUUCUGGAUGGAUUAAACCUGCCAGAUCCACAGUCAUCAGGUCUGUCAAGCGUACAGCCACAUUUGGUUCUUGAUGGUAUGGCUGCCCCUGGUUCACACAGUACUGUCAAUUUAAAGCAAGAUAUACCUUCAAUCAUCGCAUAUGAUCAAAAUGGUCUGAAAAUAGAAUUUUCUUUUGAACGGUCCAAAGCAAAUACAAACAUGCUGUUUAUCACCUUACGAGCAUCAAAUUCCACUGAGAUGGACAUGAGCAACUUUGUUUUGCAAGCUGCUGUACCAAAGUCUUUCCAGUUGCAGUUGAUGUCUCCCAGUGGCAGCAACAUUCCUGCUAGGAAUUCUGGAGCUGUCACACAAUUGAUGAGAGUUCUCAAUACACAAAAGACAACCCACGCUAGCCUCAGGGUGCUGAGGACAAUGAAAGCUGCUUACCACCAUAACCCAGCAAACCUCAGUGUUUAG